UCGGGGCGCCGCAACGCACACGUCGCUAGCAUGGCGAACCGCAUGUCCAUGUACUCGAUGGCCUCGGAGCCAGGCCUGACUGGCUCUAGGGGUGGCCAGCAGUCCCAGGUCUCGACGACGACGUUGUUGAACUCGAUUCACAACAUCUACCUCUCCUCUCAACCAUACCAGCUUGACGCGGGGACGAGUCUCGUGGUCAAUACCUGGCUCACGGCCUCGCAACCCGGGCCGACCGGGCUCAUUGGGGGCACGAUAGACACCGAUCUAGUAACAAGGGCUUGGGAACAUGCCCGCCGCCGUGCUGAAGAUGGCUGCAUCAUCUUUGGUUCUCUCCACACAUCUACUCCGUCUCUUCUCCGACCCGCCCUCUCAACCCUCCCGGUAUCCAUCCCAAGUUCGAUCCUCCAGUCCCUGCAGGCUAUCGAGCCUUUCCUCCGAUGCGUGACACCGUACAACCCCUCAACACCACGACAAAUCGCUCUUGGUGUCACCUUGACCCUCAGUCUCACCGGGAAGAUAGUCGGCGCGUCGGUGGCCCUGUCCCAGGGCGGAAUUGACACAGACAAGGGUCUGCUCCGCAUCCCUGCGGAGGCGGGCAACCGUGCCUUUGACGUGUUUUACUAUCUGCUCACCUCGGCCUCUACCCCGGCCGAGCGGGAGUUCCUUGGCCUCAAGGGCGCGUCCAGCUAUAAUCUACUGGCUCGCUCGGGAACUUACGAUCCUCCUUCUUACCUCCCCACUGCCGACGAUGGUGCCGCCGCCGACGACUUCCGGUCCGCCUUGAAGGAGAUUGGCAUCAAGGGGUCCGCCCACCGCAACUUCAUCUCCACGCUUGCCGGCCUGCUCAAGCUAGGCAACACAGUCGACUACAACGUCGACGAGGACGUUUUGGAUGAGAUCAGCGAGGAUGUCGGUGGUCUCCUCGGCUUGGAGCCCGAGGUUCUCGCCAGGCAAUGCACGACAGAUGACCGUGCCACGUUUGUCGCUGGCCUUUACGAAGCAUUGGUAGACUGGGUCAUCAAGAAGGCCAACGAAGCCAUCGCUGCCCAGAUGGGCCGCAUCAGGGACGGAGAGGAGUCAGCAGACGGUAGCCAGGUCGGUGGAGCACCCAACCCUACCGAGGACACUGGGGAUACCGUCUGCCUCCAUCUCCUCGAGAUUCCUGACCCAAACCUGGGGAAGGCCGUCGCCAUGCGGGGUAUCUUCGAUGACAACCAGGGCAUCAACUCGGAGAUGAAGCAGGACGGCGUCGAGGUUGCCCCCGCCGGCAGCUCGGUCCUACGGGAGAUGCAAAACGCGGUGGCCGAGGCAGGGCCCGAGUUGGGCAUCAUGGUUGGGUCGCUUGGUAGGGAGAGGCAACACAUGCUCGAAAAGCGGGAGGAGGUCCUUGAGAAGAUCGCGCUCGCAUCCGAGGACGAUGGCUUUCUGAAGCAGUUGAUCAUUCCCGACGCCGCCGAGGGCAUCAGCCUCGGUCGGGGCGGCCGUCUCGACUUGCCUGCCAUUCUUAGCACGAGUCGGGCGUGGUACCAUCUCUGCCUUCACCCGACCGACGAGUCGCCAGCCAACCUGGCGGCUCUGCCCUCCGUCAACUCGGCGUGGUCUGCAGGCACCGUUUCCAGGCAACUCCGGGCCUGGCGCCUCCCCGAGUGGUCCAACCGGCGGAACAAGCGCCUGGAUUACACCGUCGAUUUCGAUCUCGAGGAGUUCGUCGCCCGCUACCGGAUGCUGGGGUGCAUGGAUGGCCGCGAUGGUAUCGAGAGCUGGAUCCUCGAACGCGGCUGGGCGAACGGCGAGGUGGUGGUCGGCCGCGAGCGCGUGUGGAUGCGCGAGAGCGCCUGGUGGGAAGCCGAGGGCGUCAUGGAUAUGAAGCCUGGCGACGCUGAGAGGCUGGGGAGCAUGCCUAACAUGAUGCCUCCCGGUGGUCUCGCUACCGGCUAUUCCGCCACCGGGAGCGGCUUCUUCCCCCCACAGCCAUUCCAGGACCCUUCCUCUAAUGGGAGUCACGAGCAGCUCGUCCACCAGAGGAACAUGAGCCAGGCGACCCUGGGAGGACCCCGUCCCCCGAUGGCUCCCUCGAUUGCCCCCACGGCCGUGACUGGUAUGCGUAACGUCGCCGCUGGCGACUACGGUCUUGGUAGCAAGGGCGACACCCACAAACAAGACGCCUACUACGACGCCGACGGCCAGUUGAUUGGUCUCGAAAGUGACCUCGCCGCGGGCAAGAGGAUCGAGGAGCAGCCCAUCUCCGCUGGCAGAAGGGCGUGGGUUAUCCUGGUAUGGGCACUCACAUUCUGGAUCCCGUCACCUCUGCUCCACUAUGUCGGACGCAUGAAGCGGCCCGACGUACGGAUGGCCUGGCGUGAAAAGGUUGUCCUCUGCUUCUUUAUCGUGCUUCUCAACGGUCUCAUCGUCUUCUGGAUCAUCUUCUUUGGGAAACUGCUCUGUCCCGACUACGACAAGGCUUGGUCACGAAAUGAAGUCAAGAACCAUCAAGGCGCCGACGAUUUCUGGGUCAGCGUCCACGGCAAGGUCUACGACAUCACAAAGUUCUGGAAGCUGCAGCACGGCACCCCCUCCUACGAAACCACGCGCGACGUCAUGGAGCCCCUGGGUGGCUUGGAUAUGGACAAUUACUUCAUCCUACCGCUCACCCUGGCGUGCCCUAUACUAGUUACGGAUGAGACGAUUCGGCUCGACCUCAACAACACAGACUCACAGGAGUGGCAGCUGGCUAUCCACGACUCGGGUUACUAUGCCAGGGACCCCACUGGCGCCAUGGGGGACAAGACUUGGUAUUCCAAGAAGUUCCUGCCGCGUAUGAAGGAGUACAUCACCGGCGACCUCGUCUGGGACCCAAAUCAGAUUAAGAGAGAGGGAGAGGAGGACCAGCGCCCGUGGUUCCUUUGGGAGAACAAAGUCUUUGACUUGACCGACUACAUGAAAACGCAAAAGGUCCAUCGCGACCACCCUAACUGGGCCUUCCUGGACUCCAAGGUCGUCGACGCCAUCAAGAACAACCCCGGCCAAGACCUUACCGAGAAAUUCGCCAAGAUACUUGAUGAUGCGAACUCGAACUCGACUGAAUCCGCUCGGGUCCAGAACACCUUCAACUGCCUCAACAACCGGUUUUACCUGGGCAUCACGGAUUACCGCGAGUCGGCCAGGUGCCAGUUCAACAAGUGGAUUCUCAUCGUCUUUACCGCCAUCCUCUGCGCUGUGAUCCUCAUCAAGUUUGUCUCGGCGCUUCAGUUCGGUUCCAAGAAACGCCCCUCCCCACAGGAUAAGUUCGUUAUCUGCCAGGUGCCGGCGUACACGGAAGGCGAAGACUCGCUGCGGAACGCCCUUGAUUCCCUCACUGCCCUGCAGUACGACAACAAGCGAAAGCUGAUCUGCGUCAUUUGCGAUGGUGUCAUCGUCGGUGCCGGCAACGACCGUCCUACCCCCAAGAUCGUCUUGGAUAUCCUCGGCGUAGACCCCAAGGUUGACCCGCCCGCGCUGGCGUUCAAAUCGGUCGGCACCGGCGGCGAGCAGCUCAACUACGGCAAGGUCUAUUCCGGUCUGUACGAGUACGAAGGCAAUGUUGUCCCGUACCUCGUUGUCGUCAAGACGGGCAAGGAGUCGGAGCGCGAGAAGACCAAGCCUGGCAACCGCGGCAAGCGUGACUCGCAGAUCCUGCUCAUGAGCUUCCUCAACCGUGUCCAUCACCGCGCUCCCAUGAACCCCCUCGAGCUGGAGAUGUUCCACCAAAUCAACAACAUCAUCGGUGUGGACCCCGAGCUGUACGAGUACCUUCUGAUGGUCGAUGCCGAUACCAACGUCCGCGAGGACUCGCUCAACCGGCUCGUUGCGGCCUGUGCCAACGAUGCGAAGAUUGCUGGCAUCUGUGGUGAGACGAGCUUGCAGAACGAGGAGGGCUCGUGGUGGACUAUGAUCCAGGUCUACGAGUACUACAUCUCGCAUCAUCUCGCGAAGGCCUUCGAGUCGCUGUUCGGCAGCGUCACCUGUUUGCCGGGAUGUUUCUCCAUGUACCGACUGCGGACGGCCGACAAGGGCAAGCCUCUGAUUAUCUCUGAUGACAUUCUCCGUGACUACAGCACCUGCCAUGUUGACACGCUCCACAAGAAGAACCUGCUGUCGCUCGGCGAGGAUCGUUACUUGACCACCCUCAUGACCAGGUACUUCCCCUACAUGUCGUACAAGUUCCUCCCGGAUGCCUACUGCCAGACCGCGGCACCCGAUAAAUGGAGCGUCCUGCUGUCUCAGCGUCGUCGCUGGAUCAACUCUACCAUCCACAACCUGGUCGAGCUGAUGUUCCUCCCCGAGAUGUGCGGUUUCUGCUUCUUCUCCAUGCGCUUCAUGGUGUUUAUCGACCUCUUCGGUACCAUCGUUCUUCCGGCGACCUGCGUCUACCUCGGCUGGCUUCUGUACACGGUUAUCACCCGCACCGGGCCGUUCCCCCUGAUCUCCAUCAUCAUGUUGGCGGUCGUGUACGGUCUCCAGGCUCUCAUCUUCAUCCUCAAGCGGCAGUGGCAGCACGUUGGUUGGAUGAUCAUCUACAUCAUCGCCUUCCCGGUGUACUGGCUCAUCUUGCCCAUCUACUCGUUCUGGAACCAGGACAACUUCUCGUGGGGUAACACGCGCGUCGUUAUUGGCGAGUCUGGCAAGAGGCAGGUUGUCGCCGUCGACGACGAAGGCUUCGAUCCGCGGGCCGUGCCCCUCCAGCGUUGGGAUGACUAUGCCCUCGUCAACAACCUCCCCGGCCGGCGCGGCGGCCAGUCGGAGAAGCAGGGCAUGGAAGUCGCCGUGGGCAUGUAUGACGAGAACUAUGAAAUGGACGACAUGAAGUCGGUCUACUCCUCGGUCCGCCAGUCGUCCGUCCUUACCGGGCUCCCCGGCCGCGGCGGCGUGGGCGCGUACAUGCCCCCGACCCCGGGCACCCCGGGCACCCCCUACGGGCCCGGCGCCAUGACCCGCACCAGCACCUUCCAGGGCGCAGGCCCCUACACGGACAACCCCAACCUCGCCCACCGGCAGAGCAUGAUGUCGAUGGGCGCCGACCAGCGCCGCUCGCACACGCCCUACGCCGACUACCCGCGCAGCAACAGCGGGGCCAACCUCCGCGGCAUGAGCGGCACCCCGCCCUCGGCGCUAGGCGUCCCCGGCGGCGGCAUGGGAGCCAACAACCGCAUGUCGACGGCGUCGGCCACGCCGAGCAGGCUGGGCCUGCACCCGGACUUCAGCACGGGCUCGUUCGGGGGCGGCAUGGGCCUGACCGGCCCCGCAGGCCUCAUCGAUGACGGGUCCAUCAUCGAGGCCAUCCAGGCCGUCCUGCGCGAGGUCGACCUCGACACCGUCACCAAGAAGCAGGUGCGCGCCCUGGUCGAGCAGCGCCUGCAGACGGAGCUCACCGGCGAGAGGCGCACGUUUAUGGACAGGCAGAUCGAUAAUGAGUUGGCGAAUAUGUGAUCUGGCCGUUAAUAAGAAGAAUGAUGUUGGUGUGGGAUAGAUCGGGGUUUCUUUGCUAUUGUCUUCUUUUUUUCUUUUUUUUGGUUUGGGGUUUGGAUUGCCUUGCUUCCAUGGCUUGGAUUGAAUUGGAUCCGAUCCGAUCGGGCCCUUUACGGUCUGGUCUCUCUCUCUGUGUCUCUUGUUACGUCUGUUCGGUUUUUGGACUUGGUUAAUACUACUACUACU